AGGGGGAGGGGGGCUGUCUGAGAGCUGAGCCCAGCCCAGAGAGACAGCUGGGGAGGAAGAGACAGUCUAUGGAGCAGCAGGCAUAGCUGACAUGGAGAGACAGCUGGAGACAUCCAGGAAAUGAGAGUGAGAGACAGCUGAGGAGAAGGAGACAACCACUGGAAUUAAGGCAGCAGGCAUAGCUGAGAUGCUGAGACAGCUGGAGACAUCCAGAGACUGAAGAGACCUCUAGAGAGAGUGAGAGAGAGGCAGCCUCUGGAAUACGGAGCAGCAGGCACAUAUGAGAUGGAGAGACAGCUGAAAGGGAAGAGAAACUGAGGCAGGGCAUAUAAGACAUCCAGGGACUCAGAGACUGCUGCAUUGGUGGGAAUAUGCUGGAAGAGACAGCUACUUGCUCUGUGACAGCCUCCUGGUGAUAGAGAGCAGAGGAAUGCUAUUAGAGUGCUGUAGUCUGGGAUAGAGAGUACGCAGGGAGCAAGAUGUCUCAUUAACGGGGUCUCCCACAGCCCCUGUGGGUUGGAGCUGUCUCUCCUGGCCUGAAGAUGUCUCGUGCUUCCACUGGCAGCGAGAGGAUAAAUGAGACGACUGGCUCUACCCGCUCCGAGAAAGGCUCCGCCACCUCCUCCUGGCCUCCCCGCCCCCCAGGAGCUCGUUCCAGGAGCUCGGCACCCGAGGAGCCACACGUCGGCAAUUACAGACUCCUGAGGACCAUCGGGAAAGGGAACUUUGCUAAAGUGAAGCUGGGGAGACAUGUUCUGACUGGAAGAGAGGUUGCUAUAAAAAUCAUCGACAAAACCCAGCUGAACCCCAGCAGCCUACAGAAGCUCUUCCGUGAAGUGCGGAUCAUGAAGGGACUCAACCACCCGAAUAUCGGUGAGAAGUGGCUGUAUCUUAUAAUGGAGUAUGCCAGUGGAGGUGAGGUAUUUGACUUCCUGGUGUCUCAUGGUCGUAUGAAGGAGAAAGAGGCGCGAUCUAAGUUUCGGCAGAUUGUCUCUGCUGUCCAUUACUGUCACCAGAAGAACAUUGUUCAUAGAGAUCUCAAGGCUGAGAAUCUUCUCCUGGACGCUGAGGCCAAUAUAAAGAUUGCUGAUUUUGGCUUCAGUAAUGAGUUUACACCUGGUGGGAAGUUGGACACGUUUUGCGGGAGCCCACCAUAUGCCGCUCCUGAGUUAUUUCAGGGUAAAAGGUACAAUGGGCCUGAGGUGGACGUCUGGAGCCUGGGGGUCAUCCUUUACACGCUGGUCAGUGGAUCCCUACCCUUCGAUGGGCAGAACCUUAAGGAGUUGAGGGAACGUGUCCUACGUGGCAAGUACAGAGUUCCUUUCUAUAUGAGCACGGACUGUGAGAGCGUCCUGCGGCGAUUCCUAGUGCUGAAUCCCACCAAGCGGUGCACACUCGAGCAAAUAAUGAAUGACAAGUGGAUGAACAUUGGAUUUGACAGUGAUGAUCUGAAACCGUACAAAGAGCCAGAAGAAGACCACGCUGACCCCAAACGUAUUGAGGUCAUGAUGGACAUGGGGUACUCACGUGAAGAGAUUAAAGAUGCUCUAAGCUCCAAUAAGUACAACGAAGUCAUGGCCACUUACCUGCUGCUUGGAAGGAAAGCCGAGAAUGAAGGUGGGGAGUCUCGUUCCGACAGCACUCUCUCUCUUUCUCGGUGUCGAGUCACCUCAGAUGUCACCAAUGGUGCCACCAAGUCCUCAUCAGCGCACAACAAGAACCAGAGAGGUUAUCAGAGGCAAAGGAGACACAGUGACUUCUGUGGUCCUGCUCCUGCCCCUUCACAAGCCAAGAGGAGUCCCCCUGGUGUGGAUGAUGGUACGGUUGGGGAGCGCCUUGCCCCCAGGAGGGGCAGCGGAUCAGUGGGAGGGGGUAGCCGGCCUCCCCCUCCUUCCAGUCCUAUGGUUAGCCACGCUCACAACCCCAACAAGGCAGAAAUUCCAGAGCCACGCAAAGAGGCCCCACCCACAACUAUGAACACGCCUCCCGGAGUGAUGGGCAGAAGGAACACGUAUGUUUGCACAGAUCGCCAUGGUUCUGAGCGACAUUCUCUCCUCCACAAUGGAAAAGAGAACAGCUCUACUCCCUCUCGCCCGCCUGCCUCCUCACCCUCCACACAGAGCAUUGCUGAGCGGAGCAGUCUCUCUCGGGGAUCCAACGUUCGUAGCACUUUUCACGGUGGCCAUGUCAGAGAUCGGAGGGGGCAGAACCCACCUCCCAGCUCGCCUACACAUCCUCACGAGGGGUUAAACCAGAGCCGGACCAGAGCCACCUCAAACCUGUUUAGCAAACUGACCUCCAAACUAACUCGCAGGGUCGCUCUUGACCCCUCUAAGAGACAGGCGUCUCACCGCUGUGUGUCUGGAGUGUCUCUCCCUCAGGACAGCAAGAUCAGGUCGCAGACGAAUCUGAGAGAGUCUGGAGACCUGAGGUCACAAGUAGCUAUAUACCUUGGUAUAAAGCGUCGGCCCACUCCAGCCUGCUCAGACCUUCCGGGGAUGUGAGGAAAUCCACCCGACGCCCUCCCUUGAAUUCGCCAGCCCCCUCCGCUGCUCCCAGUGAAUCCUACCCAGUGGGCAAACCCCGGCCCCUACCGGGCAAGC